UGCAUGAGAACGGUCGUCUACGCCGUAGCCGCUCUACGCCGUAGCACGUACAGCGCGUGCACACAACUUGUUUCGAACAAAUUAACUCUACUUUCUAAGUGUAUUAUGUAGUGAUAGAGGAUUUAAAUAAGUAGAUUUGCUAGUAUCAGUAUGUGUGGCAUUAUGGAGGGCAGUGACUAAAUAGUGCACACGGUAACCUACUUAAAUGCCUCGUCAUAAAGGAGAGGUGCUUGAUUAUGCGAUGACGUGUCACCAUGGCGCGUAGUGGAUGUGCGAUGGAGUUGUCAGCUUCGUUGCUAGUGCUACUUCAUCUAUCGAUGAAUGUUGUGGAUGAGGGGCACGCUGUAAAUCCUAGUUGCACGUGCGUCCGGUUCACGUCGACGUACGGCAAGGAGCGCGGCACGUUCAGCAGCCCCGACUACCCGCGCGCCUACCCGCCGCGCCUGGACUGUCUGCUCUACACCUUCGUCGCCGCGCCGCACGAGAUCGUCGAGAUCGUCUUCACGGACUUUGACAUUUACAAGGAACAUCUUGACUGCGCCCGGGGUGACUACCUCAAGGUGUAUUGGGAAGUUCAAGGCCCUGGGCCUCCUGGAGCCAUCAACGAGCGGUCAGCCUGGGCGAGAGAGCUCUGUGGUGGAAGAACAGAUGCUCCUCAAGCGUUAUACUCUCCAGGACCUUCGCUAGUGCUAGAGUUCCACACUGGACCGCAACAGCACAAUGCUACUGGCUUCGUGGGCACUUACAGCUUUAUAAACAAACGUCUGUUCGACACGGACGGCGUGCGCGUCCCGGGCACGGAGUGCGACUUCCAGUUCAGCCGGUCCGGGAACAGGCCCACCCACGGCCGCCUCUACAGUCCUCGAUACCCGUCCAUCUAUCCGAACAACGUCCGUUGUUCUUACCAUUUUCAUGCCCGACCAAAGGAACGCGUGAAAGUGGUGUUCGAAGAAAUUUCUCUUCAAAAGGGCGAUAUAAGCUGCCUCCGGCGUGCAGACAUCAUCAAAGUGUUCGACGGACGAGACACUAACGCGCCAGCCAUAGCAAUGCUCUGCAACGAGCUUACAGGUUUCGAAGUGCUGUCAACAGGCCCCGCGCUGCUUCUGCAGUUUACUGCGAACUCCGCCACUCCUGGCCAGGGGUUUGCAGCCACCUUCCAUUUCCAACCACCACCAGAUUCCACAGCUGCUGAUUCAGAUCGACUAUUGAAGUUAAGUUUUGGAAAAGCAUUCGAGUCUCUUGGACCAGAAGUUAGCGCCACAACUUCAUCUUGUCACCAAGAAUUUAGCAGCGAUAGCACAAAGCAUGGCACGCUCACAUCGCCUCAUUACCCUUCGCCUUACCCGCCGAACACUCAUUGCCACUAUGAGUUUUUUGGAAGAGGCAAAGAAAGAGUUAGAUUAAUAUUUCAAGAUUUCUAUUUAUAUAAAUCUGCUGAUGGUUCUAUGGACUGUACCAAUGUGGAUUCGCUACAAGCAUUUGUCAAUGUUGAUGGCCGAUUAGAAAAAGUAGAAACCUUCUGUGGAAUUGAUCUUCCAAAACCUAUUAUGUCUAACGGACCGAAACUUAUGAUGGAAUUUCGGGGAACGCAGUCUUCGAGAUACUCCAGAGGAUUCAAAAUCUCAUAUUCUUUCGUAGAAAAUUUCGGCAUUACCUCGGGGAGACAGCUUAGAGAGUUUCCUUGCGCUUUUGUAUACAAUAGUAGUGAGUUCCGUAAUGGUACUUUCGCUUCGCCUAACUCGCCUGGUCCGUAUCCUCGAGACACAGAAUGUACAUACUUCUUUCAUGGUGGCGAGAGCGAGAAAGUUCAUCUUCAUUUCACGAAUUUUGAUGUAGAGGGAGUGUUACCAUGUGAAGCUGUCUCAGCCAGUGAUUACGUGGAAUUUUCAAAUUAUAUGACUGAGGAUAAUAGGUAUGGUAGAUAUUGCGGCCAGAUGAAGGAAUUCCACGUUGAAUCCGAGAGGAACUUCUUCAAAGUAACGUUCCGUUCAAACGAUAGACUUGACGGAACAGGGUUCAAAGCUAUUUAUCAGUUUCUAGAAAUAACUGACGAGUAUCGAGCCCCACCGGUGCGGGACAAAGCUUCGAAUUCUAUGUAUAUAAUGAAAAACGUUCUUAUGCUGCUCAUCCUCGCUGUAUCAUCAUCUAUAUCAUUAAAAUAAAGUGAUAUUAGUUUUAAAACCUAGUCUCUAAUCCUGUACAUUUUGUAAUAUAAUAUGUGCCAUACACCUGUAAUUACGUAGUUUAUUGUGCAAAAUUUUCUAUAAACGCGUUUUCAGUUAUAUUCUAUUAAAAACUAAAGCAAUACGAAGCGAGACACAAUAAAGAUUUAUUAAUAAAGGCACGUACUAUUGAAAUAAAUUAUAAAAAUAU